AUGCUAUAAGCUCAUAUGUACAUAUUGGCAUUAUUGCCUAUUAUGGUUCUGUCGACUUGUAGUAUGUGUUUAUUUGUUAUUCUCUAGCCACGGUUGAAUUAUAAGAUCAUGUCUACCCUACCAUAAAAGAAACAUUCAAAUGGGAUAUCAGAAGAUUUAUUCAAGGUGAUAAUUUGAAGUAUUAAUUGGAUUCUGCAACUUCUCUUUUCCAACUUGAAUAACCCCUACAUAAGCUAGAUGAGAAGAAUCAUUUUGCUUGUAAUAAGAAUAUUCAUCAAUUAGCAUUCAUUGAUAUUAUAGCCAUAAGAGCUUUUGACAUUCCAGAAACUGGUGCUUGGACCAAUGAUUUCGCAUUCAUGGGCCAAGAUCUUGAUGACUAUUCAUGGUGGAUUUACUAUACCGAAGGGUAAUUAAUAAUUAUAUAUCAUACUAGAAAGUAAACAGAGAUGAAUGUGGCUCCAAAAUUUGAUAAAGAAAUUCAAUUCAUAAGUAACAAUCGUCAAAUAAAAUGCUUGGAUCUUGAAUACAUCGACAGAGAUACAUUUUUAGUUGAUUGUAUCGAACCGUAACCUCAACCGGAAGAGGGUCGCUUACCAGGAAAGAAUUACGUUUACAUCAUCAAGAAGGGAGAUCCUCCCAAAAUUAUUUCAGAAUUUACAUAUUCUAGAAAAUAUUUGACUGUGAAUGAUAGAAAGGUAUAAUAUCAUGUCUACAAUGCCCAAAAUAUCGGCGAUGGCUUGAAUGAUGAGGAACCUCUUCGAAUUUUACUUAGAGGUCAGUAUGCUUACGGAACACCAGGUAGCAGUCCAACUAACCUUGAUGGAGAUUGCAUAAUUGAUUUGUUGAAAAAUAAUGACAAAAAUGAAAUUGUUGAAACUGCUCAACAUUUGGAUAGAGGAUUAUUGAUACAAGAUUUAGGCAUAAAAGCAGAGGAUUAAGAGAAUUUUAAGUUUACUUUGAUUGAUUUUAAAGUAAUGCCAAACGGUGAUAUCUAUGUAUUGGAUGCCUACAAUGGUAUCUACAUUUAUUACAUCAAUUCAAAGUCCGAAUUCAAAUAUAAGGGUAAGAUUGAAAUCGGAGAUGGCGCAACAAAUCCAGCCUAUGCCUUUGAUGUUAAUAAUAAGAUUAACUAACAAGGAAUAAGUCAUGUUCACAUUGCAGUGGUUCAUUAGAAAUCAGUGGUUGAAUACAUUGAUGGAGUAUAGAAAGGAGGAUGGUUGAACGCAUUUGAAGCUAAGCAUCCUUCAUUCAUUUUUGCAAGUCAAUAAUUUUUAAUUGUCAAUCCAGGAGGAAACACAUUCUUCAUUUACAAUUCAGAUCAUCAAUUCCUCAUUCACACAGAGACUUUGCUCACUAAAAUAUACUUGGCCAAUCCCUAUGAACCAGAUUUGAUUGCUGUCACAAACUCAUUCGCUUACAGAUAUGAAGUUGGUCAUGCCAGAUUGGUAGUCCAUUCAUUCGAUGCUACACUUGGAGAUAAUGAAGUAGUAUUUUCAGCCGUAGGAUCAGACGAGAGAAGAUGUUAAGCCUCUCUCAAGUAUCAAAUAAUCAAGGAGGGUGACACCAACAUUUAUCCUGUUGAUCAUAUUCCCAUCCCUAAUAUAAUGUAAUACCCUUCCGAUCCAAUAGAAGUUUAAGAAUUUGCAGCAGGACCAAACUUGAUUUACACAAAUGGGGAUGAUUCACAAAAGGAUCAUGUUAUUGUGGACAUCCACACUGUUUGGGAAUUGAAUGUGACUGGAUUGACUUAUCCAACUAUUACUGAUGUGGCAUAUGCAGAUAUCCUUAUAGAUCCACAUUGGGUUGAUGAACAUAAGUUUUGGUUCCUCUACUAAUUGCAAUCAAAUAAAUAGAUUGAAAUCUUUGAGUGCACAACUCAAACUAAGGUAUCAAGAGAUGUUCAUUGCGAAGAACAUUAAAAAUUUAAGAUUCCAAAUUUAUUGAAUCCAAUUACUUCUUAAUUUGAUUGGGAUGCAGAAGAAGGUGACGUAUUAACACUUUAAUUCCUCGAAAACGAUUAUUCAAUUUCAAUCUAUGAGAGUACUCAUGAUUAGUCAUCUCCAUUAUAUUCUUUACCAUAACCCCCCUUAGACCCAAUACCUGAAAAUAAGAUUACUUCAUUCAGUGUUUUGGGAAAAGCCAUCUAUAUUGUGAUGCAAAACAAAAAAGAAGUUGAUGCUUGGUUUGGUUUCUUCCCAACUCCAACAAAACAUGUUAUUUCCAGUUAAACUAUGAAGGAUUAGGGAAGUGAUAGAAUAUUUGAACCAAGGAAAGUGUUUGGAAAUCCUGCCUUGAAAAGUGAAUUUGUGUUGAUUCUAUCAAAAGAUUGCAUUUUCUUCGGAGACAUGAGAAACUUCUUUACCUUAAUUCAUGUAUUCGACAUCAUCCCUGAUGCUGAAGUCAGAGCCUAUUUGGGAAUGAGAACAAUCUUUAUUGUUCAAAAGAGUGAAACCCAAGGAUUCAAGAUCCAAGAAUACAAUUAUGAGAAAUUGAACAACAUCUACUUGAUGAAGGAAUUACCCCUUUAUGAUUAUGUCAUCCAAAGUCCAUUAACAACUGACUUCUGUUUUUAAACUGGAUUCUUGUUUGUACGUGCUUUGGACCCAGCCUCAUAGGAAACUGUGAUCUUGGUCUAUGAAUCAAAUGUCCUCUAUCAAUUGUCAUUACACAAAGUAGUUCAAACACAUUUGAAAAUUAAUGAUGGUCAAAUCAUGAAUAUGGCUGCCGCUGGACAUGACCAAAUGUACAUGUACGUCAACAAUCAACAAAAUGUCUAAAAGAUGGUUGGAUUCUUAAGAGAUGCCCUUGUCAAUAUAAAGCCAUCACAUCUAUCCAAUCAAUAUAUCACCAAUUUGGUCGCUACAGUCAAUAUCACCAAUCAAGCAAUCACUAAGCCCAUGUCAAUUAAAUAUCCUGUUAAGUAUAUCAACACUCAAACCUAUAUUCAAGUCAAUUAAGAGGAGUUGGCAAAACAAAACUCACAAUUUGUAUUCACCAAUCAAGCAGCAGAUCAAUAUUUAUCAAUUAACACAACUGGAUGGUAAGGCGGAUAGGUUAUUAAAUAUGAAGCCAUCUGUGAUCAAUGCGAAUCACAUCUAAUCUAAAUGGUCAAUCCAGUAUAUCAUGUUACUGAUGGAUCAAACUAUCAAUAACACUUCGUUGAUGGAGUUGCUGCUGGAAAUGAAAUGAUCUUCUAAACUAUAGAUUCCAUUAUAUUACAAGAUGCUGAAGGUAAAUGGGUUGGAACACACAAAUUACCAGUUGGAGUUGGUGCUGAUUGUAUAUCCAUAACCGCAACUGAAGAUGGAAGAGCUGUUUUCAGUGGAUGUGAGGAAAGAGGAAUUGUCAAUAUUUAUCUUUCAAUUUGUGAUGGCAAAACAUGCACUGCAGCUACACCCGCUUUGUAAUAAGUUGCAUAAGGAGCUAAACAUCCAUCCAAACUAAUUUAUAAAGAUGGAAUUCUCUUCAUUUUGGAUAAUUACAAUGACAGACCUACCUUAUAUGAUGGAACUGUUAGAGUUCACAAGGUCGGUCUUAACAUUGAAGCCAAAACUUGGGAUCUAGAUGCAGGAAAAGUCAUUAAUUCAUAGUUCUUGAGCACUGAACUCAAUAUUCCAUUUUAAGCCUCAGAUUUUGAUGUUAUUAAAUACGAAGUUGGUAAUGUUAAUUACUAUAAACUUCUUUUGUCCAGUGCUCUUAAGAGAUUAUGGUUUGUUGAUCUUUAUUGGGAUAAUGGAACAAUCAAAUUUGGAUAGCAUGAUAAAUUUGAAAUUUACAAUUUAAUAGGCAAAAAUUUAGCAAUUGAAGAAACCACUAGAUUCUAUUAAAUUCGAGCAAUCAAAUCAACCAAAAAGGAUAAGAAACUCUUGACUACUGCUUUGGUAUCAACCACUAAUAUGGCCACUUAUGGUGUGACAUUUACCUUCGAUAUUUCAGAUCCUGUUAAAGGAGCACCCGUUGAGGCUGAUGGAACCAUUCCAUUCUUGCUUGCCAAUUAUGGAACAUGGAAAUAACUCAACAAACUUACACUCUUUGAAGAUCAUGUUGCCAUUGCAUACACUAACGAUAAGAGUAUUUUAGUUGCUCUCUAUCUAUUGCCAACCAUCGACCAUAAUGCUGUCUAAGAAGGCGAACCUAGAGUUAUCACUCUUAUUGGAGGUGAAGAAGAUGAGUAAACUAAUCAAAUCUCUACUCAAUUUGUCAUGACUCUUUCAAAAGAUGUUGCAUUAGCAAGAGUACAUUAAAUUAUUUAAUUUUAUAGCCUGUCCUCCAUACCAACCUUGUAUAUAACAUUGCAUAAAAAGAAAACAUGCUAAUCAAAUAUGGAGUCACUGAUUUUCCAAGGUUACUCAUCCAAAAGGGAGAUCAAAUCAAAGAACAAGUUGUAUCCAUCUAUGCUAAAAAUGACUAUGGAUAAGCCAAAGGAGUCAUUCGUUUAACCAAAAAAGAUCCACCUGGCCCCAAUCCUCCCAAUCCAAACGAUGACGAUUCGUAAUUUUUACAUUUUAUAUCCCUUUAGCAAAGGAAGUAGCAAUUGGUGGUGGAUAACCUUGAUCGUUAUCUUUGGAGUUGCAAUCCUAGGUGUUGGUGGAUACUUUGUCUAUACAAAAUAUUUUAAAUCCUCAAAUGCCCCCUUACAUGUUUAAUCCUAUUGAUAUAUCAUAAUA